AUGGCGGAUGAGCUUGACCCAACACGAAGCGAUGCAUCAUCGAAGCCUUCCUUUCGAGACGCCGUGUACGGGAGCAUCGGUUCCCCCAGCUCUGCUCAUGACUCCGGUGUCGAAGUGAGCCCUACCAAUACGUUACAACGAGGUUAUCCACCUCCUAGACGAUACUACAUCUUCCCACCCAACAUCAACGGCCAUGGGCGUAUGGUGCUGGCACAUCGCACAGUGCCACAUCUAGUCGGAUUCGUGCUCGUAGUGGGUGUCUUUGCUUGGGGCGUAUGCUCCGCCAUAUAUGCCUAUCCGCUCUUGGGUGGACAUCCGAAUGAUGGGAGGGCGGGCCAUGAUUGA